UCAUUAAUUUUUAUCGGCGCAGGUCUCUGCACUGCACCACCAUUCUGUUCAGGUGUUUUUAUUAUUGUUUUGAUUUGAAAAUUUUCCGUAAACAUUAGCGCAGCGUGCAAUCCGGCAGAAGGCUUUGGAAAAUUAAUAAUUAAUAAAAAAAUAACGCAAAUAGUUUACAAAACUUAAAAAAUAUAUAUCCAGCAAAAUGUUGCGUCAAAUUCUAACAAAUGUUUAUCAAAAAUCCCUCACCCCAGUAUUGAGCCGUACCCAACGCUUUUCGGCUGCUGCUGGUGGAGAUGAUGGCAAACAAAAGGAGGUGAUAAAUAAUGCUGAUGUUCCCAUUAUCGAUUAUGAGGAUCCUGAUUACUUGCCCCUGCCGGAGUAUCCUUUCAAGCAAAAUGAACCUUUGGAAGUUAAGAAGCAAAGAUUGGUCUAUCAAUCCCGCAAACGUGGUAUGUUGGAAAAUGAUUUACUCUUGAGUACCUUUAUUGCUAAAUUCCUAAAGGGUAUGGAUGCCAAAUUGACCGAUCAAUAUGAUAAACUAAUCAAUGGUGUUACCAAUGAUUGGGAGAUAUACUAUUGGGCCACAGAAACUAAGCCCACACCACCAGAAUAUGACAAUGAAAUCAUGAAAAUGCUUAAAGAACAUGUGGCCAAUGCUCAGCGUGAAAAACGUUUAAGGCAACCCAAUUUGUAAAAAUGUUUUCAGCACUCAAGUAUCGUCGAUAUUAUAUAAUAAAAGGUAGUAUACUGUGUUUUUUCAUGUUAAUAAAUUAUUUAAAUUAAUAGUUAUAAAA